GCGCGCCCCCCCCGCCGAGCCGCCCGCCCCGCGUGUCCCGCAGCCGCCGCCGCCGCCGCUCGUCCCGUCCCGCCCGGCCAUGCGAGCCCCGGCCCCGCUGGCGCUGGGUUGCGUCAGCUUCGCGCUGUGCCUGCUGGAGCUGCCCCACGGCCGGGGCCUGCCGCCGCGCAGAGCCCCCCCGGCGCGGAGCCCCCCGGAGCGGAUCCCCGCUCUGCCCGGAGACCCCCCGGCCCCGCAGCCCAUCGGGACCCUGCGGCACCGAGCUCCGGUUCCCCGGCACGGCCCGUGGGCCGCCCCCCGGCCCCCGCCGUGGCACGUCCGGCGCCUCAUCCUGCGGCACGACCGACGGCACGACCCCCGGCACGACCCCCAGCCGCCCCGGGGCCGGCGCCACGCCGGGGGGCACCUGGUGCGGGUGGGCUGCGUGCUGGGCACCUGCCAGGUGCAGAACCUGAGCCACCGCCUGUGGCAGCUGCGGGGACAGUCCGGCCGCCGCGACUCGUCCCCCAUGAACCCCAACAGCCCCCACAGCUACGGCUGAGGGGGGGGCGCGCCCCCGCCCCGCGGGACCCCCGAAGCAGCGCCACGGCUCCUCCGGCCCCGGGGGGCUCCGGCCGCCGCAGCCCCCUGAUGGAGCGCCGGGGACGGACGGGAGCUGGCAGCGGCACCCUGGGGACCGGCGGUGGCCCGCGGUGACCCAGCGCGGUCCGUGGUGGCCCUCGGAGACUGGCGGUGGCCCAGAGCGACUCACGGUGACCGGCGCUGGCCCGCAGUGACUCUUGGUGGCUCGGAGUGGCCCCUGGUGGUGGCCCGUGGUGACCCGGGGUGGCCGGCGGUGGGUCCAAGGGCCACCGGGAAUCCCGCUGACCGCAGCAGCACCGGCACCUUGUGCAAGACCCUCCGGCCGCGCUCCUGCUGACUCAGCAUUCCCGUGGUGCUGCGGCACCCCCGGAGCCCCCCAGGGCACCCCAGCCCUUCCCCGCGGUGACACUGGGGCGGGGGGCCCUGCAGGGACAGGGCACAGGGACCCCGCUCCGGGCUGGGGACGGGGCAGCCCCCAGCACCUUCCCCACGCUUGGGGGUCCCGGUGGGGGCUGGCACUUCCCGGGUGCUGGGGGGUCCUGCCCUCCUCAUGAACAUUGUCCCCUCCCCUGGCACCUGUGCCCAGCCUGUGUCACCCACAGCCCGGCAGGAGCUGGCCACAGGGAGAUGUCCCCAAAUGUGGGGGGCAGUGGAAAGAUUGGGGUUCUGUGCCCCACUGCUGCCCUGUCCCGGACCUGUCCCCACUCCUGGCCCUGUCCUGUCCAUCCCUGUCCCCUGCUGCACCCCCGGGGACACCCCCACGUCGUGUCCCCACAGGCUCAGUGGGUGCCCACCCGGGCUGGGGGCCCAUGGACACGAGGGGACACGUGUGACAUCCCUGUCACCCCGGGGUGCCGCUGUCACCCCCCAGGGCUGUCACCUGCCAGGGCCAUCACCCCACGGCGCCGUGGGACAGGGAUGUGUGACCCCAGGUCACCGUCCCACCCCCUCCUGGGAGCAGCUUCAGCAGCCCCCCCAGAGCAGCAGCCCCAAUCCCUCCAGAGCAGCCCUGUCCUCCCAGGAGCACCCCGUUCCCAGAGCACCUCAUUCCAAAAGCACCCCAUUCCUAGAGCAUUCCCGUUCCCAGAGCACCCCAUUCCCAGAGCAUUCCCGUUCCCAGGAGCACCC